AAAGCAACCAAAAGUAAAAGUGAAACGCAAAAACAGAAAUAUAAAUUUAAAGAAACCACUAGACUCUCUCAUACUACCCCGUCUCUCUUUACUAACCAAGCUCCCUAAUUCAGAGACUCCACCUAUAACUUUCUCCUCAUCCUCCAUGGCACCAACACGCUCAGAGCCGUUACAGUUCUAUUUCUGCAUGGCCACGAUCAUCAUGGUGGCCACCAUUGUUGAAGCUCAAGAAAACAUCAACUGGUGCGUUGCCAGAAGUGAUGCGAGCAACCAGAUGCUGCAAACGGCUCUGGACUUCGCUUGCGGUGCUGGUGCAGACUGCAAUCCCAUUCUGCCCAAUGGCCUCUGCUACCUUCCCAACACCAUCCAGGCUCACGCUUCUUACGCCUUCAAUAGUUACUUUCAGAGAAAGGGCAUGGCGCCCGGCUCCUGUGACUUUAAUGGCACUGCCACCGUUGCUAUAACUGAUCCUAGUUACGGAUCUUGUGUUUAUCCAUCUUCAAUAAGGUAUGUUUGUUCUCACCUAAAUGUUUUUUAUUUUGUUUGCCUCUUAAAGAGAAAAUUUACUAUAACUUAACCACGCAAGUAACUUGGUUAUGUUUUUUAUUGGAUUCUUUAGCAUCACGUCACCUGGUUUCUUUUUCCUCAUCUCAUUUGGUCUCUUGGGUAAAUUGGGACUGAUAAUUUUAAUCAAAAUAUGAGCGUAUAUCUUUUGAUUCUUUUCUAUAUAUCGCUGUAGCUUCCUCUACAUUUUGUAUGUUCCUAGAGAGGGCAGAAAAGUCAAAGCUGUUUUUUACUGUGUUAAGGUUUUACGAAUGCGUUACAUUGGUUAUUGUGCUUGAUUGAGUUGAUCGGUGCUCAAUCUCUCACCGUUGAUUUGAAGAUACGAUUGUGUCACUUCUCGAUCACGAGGUCUUUCCCUUCUUUUGAUAUCUUGGGUGCCCCGAUUUGCUUGCCGCAUUUUCUGUUAACCGUUUGGUGCAUAUGGAGUAUUAAUU